AUGAGUGCUAGUAAUACAACUCUUAAAUCUGCAUCUUUUGUGAGCAUAGUUAAGGGAAACAAAACCCUAACUGUUGAACGUGUUGUUGGGGGAAAAACUCAUAUUACCACCACUGUUGAUGUGAGUUCUUUUCCAAAUCCUACAACAAAAGAAGGGAAACCUGCUGUUGUAAUACCUCAUGAUUUUUUCAUGGAGGGAUGUGAGAUCUGGCGUUUUAGUCUUAUUGGUCGGAUUAUUUUCAAGGGAGUUGAUUUUAAUGACAUUAAAACCUCUCUUGAAGAACAAUGGAAGCUAGGAGAAGGGCGGGUUCAGUUUGUACCACUGAAUCGGGGUUUCUUCAUUAUCAAACUUCUUUCACAAGAGGAUAAAGAUAGGGUUUUCACUGAGGAAGGAUGGAUGGUAAAACAACAAAAACUUAGAUUCAUUGAGUGGUACCCUGGUUUUGAUGUUAACAAACCACCAUCUUCACGUGCAAAUGUUUGGGUAAGAUUUCCAGGCUUGCCAAUAGAGCUAUGGGUUGAGAAGACAUUGUUAUCUCUGGGGAAUCCAAUUGUGGUAGAUUCAAGAACUUUGAAUCAUGAAUAUGGCCACUUUGCAUCUGUCCUUAUAGAUAUUGAUUUUGCUACACAUGAUGCUGAUGAAAUUCAUGUUGCUGUUGAUGGUAGAAACUUCUUGAAAAAGAAGCGAGUUAAACAACAGGCCAGGGGACCUCCAAAACCUCCCUGGCAGCAAGUACGUGACAAAAACAAAGAGGUUGAUGAUGUUAAAGCCAUUCCCAAUGAUCAUGUUAAGGAGGCUGCUGUUGUGAAUGAUUGGAAAGAGGUUCGUCAUAAGAAGCAUGGCGCGAGUGGUAGUGUGGUUAUCCCAAUUGUUGCUGCUUCAGUUGAUAACAAUGCUUCACUUACUUCACCUGUGAAUGAACUUGUACACCGAAAUAAGUUUUAUGGCCUUGAUAACGACACAAGUGGUGUUCUGCUAGAAACUGAAGAGGAAAAAGAGUUAGAUGUUGAGAAACAACAAUCCGUGUUAAAACCAAACUCCAGUUUGGCAAGAAAGUCCGUGUCAAUGGAAAAGUCCAAGCCUACAGUUUUGGAUGAAAAUUCCGUGAAUUCUAAACCUAAUACAGAAUUGAAUGAUAUGUCUGUGUCUGGGUACAAGCAUGGUUCCCAUGCUGAUCAUGCAAAUAACGUUAAAAAAUUUAUCGCUUCUGAAAAUUCAAAGCAGUAG